GCUCAGACGGCAGCCCACAGCCCGCUACCUCGCAGCGAGGCAGGGCGCCGCGCGCCACUCGCCCACCGCCAGCGAGCCGCUCUGAGCCAUGCCGCUGAAGGCCAGCAAGCGCGCCGCAGCGCCGGCCACUGCCGGCAAGCCGCGCAAGGCGGCGAAGACGGCCGAGCAGCACGGGGAGCGGUUGCAGGGCGUGAUGCGGGCCGUCGAGGGCGUGACCGGGCUGCCGGCCAGCUGCCGCGCGAUGUUGCUGGCGGUGCUGCCCCCGAGCCUGGGGGCCGCGGCGGACGCCCGCCACCCGCUGCAGGCCCACGCCGUGGGCCUCGUCGCCGAGGCCCUGGCGCAGGCGCGCUCGGAGAAGGAGGCCGCCGGGAGGGGAGCGCAACCACGGGGGAGGGCGACCGCACAGUCGGGGCGGACGGAAGGG